CUGUGCGCGUGGGCUUACCGCAUCUCAGUACCAAUUUAUACUAGGUUGAGCUCACAGGCGAGUACAAAACAGAGCUUACUGAUGUAUAACAGUUUGUGAAUAGCCUCGAUCUUGCCCUAUAGCGCGCAGUCCUAUCCCUACACACCCCCGCCGAGCCUCUGCCGCAGCGCGCAUGCGCGUCUUUGACAGCCAGACCGUGCCAACACGUCCUGAUUAUUUCCCUGCCUUUUAUUCAACUCACGUCUUAAACUAAACAUGCGACUCAGAACCACAUGAGUCACGAUGGUGGCUAACAUCGGUCCUAUCAAUCCGACAAAUGUGGAAGCGACGGCGUAUAUAAGUGCCGUAGCGGCAUUCGCUGCUGUUGUGCUGGUGGUGCUGCUGUUUCUGGGGAGACGGUGGUGCCACGGAGCGGUCUUCACGCGGAAGGGCUGCCACGGGGUCCUCGCAGUCAACGCGGGACCCGACGCGCCCUGCCUCACUCUCGACAAUGCUCACGAUACUUUGUCGAAACCGAUCCAUUAUCCCGACCGAAUAUUCGCGUUCGAGGCGUCAGACGACGACGAAGAGCAGCGCUUGCGCAUACAGCAGGAUAAAGAAGAAGUGGGAUGCCACUACGAAGAGAAGAACGAGAACGCAGCACCAAUAAAAGCAGGAGUGGAGGUGGAGCUGGUCGAGACGGCGCUACGGGAGAGCACCCUGCGAGAGACAAGGAUAGACGAUGUGGUGCCGCGGCGAGCCGAGUACAUCCACACGCUUGAGGCUCAGAGCAGCGUGGACAGCGACGUCAUCGUUCAUAAUGAUACAUCACUCCUCUGCGGAGAGAGCAGCAGUCAAGAACGCGGCUCCGUGGAACUAACCCUGCUGUAUGACGCGCCGGUCCGCAGCAUGACGGUGCACGUGCUGCAGGCGCGCGCGUUGCCACAGCGCACGCCGCAACCGCUGCUGCAGAGUCAGGUGCGAAUAGUCCUUCUACCAUUGAAGAGGCAAAAGUUCAAAUCAAAGAUACGAAAUGGUGAAAAUCCUCAAUACAUGGAAAGUUUCGUUCUCCAUAAAAUCAACCCAGAGGACGUAUACGGAUUAGGACUUCGAAUCCGCAUCUACGGCUGCGAGCGCAUGCGGCGGCAGCGCCUCCUAGGCGAGGCGGCCGUAUCCUUCGCGACACUUAACCUAGAGCUAGAGAACAGCCUGUGGCUGCAGCUGGCGCCGCGGCAGCAGGCUAGCCUUCAGCUCCCGAAACUAGAACUGAACCACUCCAUGUCCAUGUCCGGUGUAUUGGCGUCUCCAUCGUCCAUCACGACGACUACGCCGACGGGUGGUGGUGAGGCCUGCAGCUUGGCUCGCUCAGAUUCCGCAUCUUCAUGUUGCAGCGCCCGCUCCGCUCCGGAACUGCUGCUUGGACUGCAGUACAGUUCAAUCACAGGACAUUUAUCUGUGGAGGUGAUAAAAGGCACACACUUCCGCAAGCUGUCUCCCAACAAGGCGCCGGACACGUACGUGAAGUUGAGCCUCAUCAGCUCGCUGGGCAUGGAAAUGGGCCGCUGCAAAUCCACGACGCGUCGCGCGCAGUCCAACCCGCUCUAUAAGGAGCUCUUUAUCUUCCAGGUGGCCCUGUUUCAAAUAACAGAAGUGACGCUGAUGGUAUCGGUGUGGUGGCGUCGCAGUGUGAAACGGAACGAGAUGGUGGGCUGGUUCUCGCUGGGGCACAGCCCCUCGGGUCGUGACGAGGAGCGCCAUUGGCAGGAGCUCUGCGAGGGACAUGGGGAACAAGUCCAACGCUGGCACGUGCUAUUGGAGUCCUGACGCUCACCGACCUAGUGCGCCGCCGCGCCGGCUUGAGAACUGACUUCACCAGGGCCCUUCGCCCCUGCCUCGGCCUCGCCGACUCGAGUGGACUCGCCCCGCGGCCUCCGGCCUGGCCCCCACUCGCUAAUGUUCCAGAUCUCCAGAUCUUUUCGCGAGCAAGCUUUGUAUUGACUGCACUGCAGAUGCAGAUCACUUUUGCAUUGGUGUGUCGAUACCACGAGUGUGUGAGAGGCACACAUGUUUCUGACUGAUUGAAUUUGAUGUUACAAAUAUUUUACGGAUUUUCAAAAUUCUACUAAAAAUGUAUGUGUUUUAAAUAAACUCCAAUAUAUAGUAUUGAUGGCUUAAAUUGUAGAUUUAACGCAUUAUAAGGGAAUUGUUCUAUUCUUCGUUCAGUUCUCGUAAUAGCUUUUCCAAAUAUUACAAUAGCGUUUUACGCAUGAAUAUCUUUGUCCCAUGUUAUAUUUAUACAUAGAAUAGGUAUAUAUUUAUAUACACAUGUUGCUCUUUAGAAUCUAUCGUCAAAUGGUUGUUCGAAUUUGUACGAAAAACUGUGGAAAAUCUGUCUUUUAUCUUCUGCCUACGAAGCUUAUAGAUAUUAUAUAAAAUACGAAUUGCGUUGUCUAUUACGUAUACAUAUAUACUUGUAUUUUAUCUUAAAUUUAUAUGUUAACUCCUUAGAAAGGCUUCGUAUUGAUUUAAUUUCGAAUUUGAAUGUUGUAAUGUAAACAUAGAGUAAGAGUACUUUUGAAACAAUUGUUUGUAUGAAUAUUUUACUCGUAUUCCAAAAGUUAGUGUUAUCGUAAGUAGCAUUUUAUAUGAAGGGACGACUCGCAGCGCACAAUACUGGUGAGAGUAGGAUACGGUAUAUAGGUACUACACAUACAUACUAUUAAGCAAUUAUUCUCGUAUACAUUAUAUAUUCUUCUUUUGAAAACUGUUAGUAAACACAAAAAUAGUGAUAGAAAACCGUCAAAAUUUUUAAUGAUAUAGUUAUUUAAAAAUUCGCAGUAUAUCUCGAAUUUAAGUAGCUGUAAAAGUAAAUUGACAAUUUAUUAAUAUACGCAAUUUAAUCAUCCCGACCAGUACAUAAUGUAUCGUAUGCUUUUAAAGAUAAUACAUAGAAUUAGUUUUACAAUAACGACACCACUGAUUCUACGACACUACAAUACAUUUCUCGUAACGUUUGUUUCAAUAUUUUUAACAUAAUCUCAGGAUAAUUAUAAUAACCCAAGGUUGUAUAAAUAUAAGGAUAUUAUUAUCACAAAACCACUCACUAAUCCAUUCGUAGUAU